AUGGAUUCAGCUCGUGGAUUGUUGUGGACAGAGCGGCUCCCUGUCAUCGAUGGAGAGGAUGGGGUACUGCAAGUGAGCAAAUCCGACUUCAUUUCACUGCAACCGUAUCAUUUUAUCGCCGAUCAUGACUGUAAACUUAUCCAGUGUGGCAAAGGACUAUAG